AUGGAUGAUUUGUGGAAUCAAGCAUGGGAUUCUUUGAUUCAAGAGGUGCAGAGGGAGGCCGACGAGGAAGCGGCGGCGGCGGUGGCGGCGGCGGCGGCGAUCCCUCGUGCGAUUCGUCAUCGUCGGACAAUCCCACGAGACCAUGUCGGAGCGGCUGAUCGGCUUAUGGCCGACUACUUCAGCGCUGACCCUCGUUACCCGGCUGAGAUUUUUCGUCGGCAUUUCAGAAUGUCGCGACCGCUCUUUACCCAUAUAGCGACGACAUUGGCGGACCGGUUCGAGUGCUUCACGCUCCGGAGUGAUUGCACUGGCCGGAUCGGACUGUCUACUUUGCGAAACGCACCUCUGCAAUUAGGCAGCUUGCCUAUGCCGGCCCGGCUGAUAUGUUCGACGAAUACCUACAGAUGGUCGUCGCCUAUCUUCAAUGAUGAGUGCCGGGGAGAGGGUCCAGAGAUCAGUUUUGUAGCAAAUGGCACGCAGUAUCGCAGGGGAUACUAUUUGGCAGAUGGAAUAUACCCUUGUUGGCCCGUAUUCGUCAAGACACUUCGCCAACCGGCUGGAGCUAAGAGACAAUAUUUUGCGCGAAAACAAGAGGCCGCUAGGAAAGAUGUUGAGCGAGCUUUUGGUGUGCUCCAAGCGCGAUGGGUCAUUCUACGCUGCCCGGCACGAGUUUGGCACGAAGAUGAUGUCGCGAAUAUUAUGGUAGCAUGUAUCAUAUUGCACAAUAUGAUAAUAGAAGAUGAAGGAUUUGCUGCAGAACGUUGGGCACCGGAAGAUGGUGCAAGUUCAAGUCACGGCGUUGUCUCCGCGCCGAUGCAGAUGGGUGUACCACGUAGUAAUGAAUAUCUGAUCCAACGUUUCGCUGAUAUACGCAGGAGCACAGCACAUGACUCCAGGUCGAUUUGA